AUGGCGGAAGGAACGCGGCGUAGCAGUCGGCGCUCUUCCGAGUACGCCUCACCUGGGCGCGAGCGCUCGAGUCGGAGAGCUGCACAAGGCGCGUUUUAUACCCAAUAUUUUGCGGAAGGUGAGCUCAGCCAGGACGACGACCCCGAAGAGGUGGUCGCAAAAGACGACACGGACGAUGAGAUGUACGAUGCGCCGUCGGAUACAGAACAGUAUACAUGCAGCGGACGACAGACGGUGAGAUAUGUCGAGUCCGAGGAGAAGGGCGAUUCGGAAGAGGAUGUGAUUCAAAGAACACGAUCCUCGUGCCGCGUAAGUAAAAGCGUGCGUGAAUUUGUCGCGUCCGACGACGAGGAAGAAGAGAACGGAAAUGCAGACUAUGCCGAUACAGUGCGUGCGCGCCGCGCCUCGGAGCGUCUCCAGCGCCGCGAGAACCUGUACAACCUCGCGGUGUCGCGCUCGGCGCGCCGCAGAAACAAUGCAGCAAUGCACCGUGCCAGCUCGCGCUUGGCAAGCAGCCGCGCAGUAAGAACCGAUCCCGACCAUUCUUCCGACGAAACAGUGUCGUCUGCCGAGAGUGAUCGGGAGCGCCACCCCGCCGCGCGCUCGUACAGUUUUCGCGCGCGAAAAAAGGUGAACUACUCGCUUCUUCAGCCGCCGCCAGAGCCUCCCAGGGACGGGUUUGGGCGCAGGAUACGCCGGGGCAGCGCGCGCGGAUCCGCAUCGCGGUCCUACGAGCUCGAGCCGCAAGCGAGCAAUGAAAGAGACAACAACGCUUCGGCCUCCAUUCCCGCCCUGCCUUACUCGAGCCUGCCGCGCAGUAUGCGCGACAAAAGUGGAUGGGAUACACUGCCGCUGAACAUGUCGGGCAAGGAUUAUGCUCGCGCAUUUGGCGAUCCGGACGAUAGUUCCGACGACGAGCCCCGCACCACUGCGCUUAGCGCACCUCGCAGUACGCUCGGGGCGCCUUCUGCACUGCUUGAAAAUGGGCCCACACCAGCCGCUGGCAUGGGCUCCUCUGCGGAUCCAUUCGGCCGCGUUAAGCCGGGCGAUCCGCUCGCCGAUGUCGACCCACUCGGUGUGGAUAUGUGCAUCGAUUUUAAGGAUGUGGGUGGCCUCGACGACCACGUCCACCAGCUCAAGGAGAUGGUGAGCUUGCCGCUCUUGUACCCCGAAGUAUUCCAGCGCUUUAACGUGACGCCGCCGCGUGGUGUGCUUUUCCACGGGCCGCCAGGCACCGGAAAGACGCUAGUCGCCCGUGCGCUCGCCGCAAGCUGCUCGACACAGGACCAGCCGAUCAGUUUUUUCAUGCGCAAAGGCGCCGACUGUCUCUCGAAGUGGGUCGGCGAGGCGGAGCGCCAGCUGCGUUUGCUCUUCGAGGAAGCAAAAAGGUCGCAACCAAGCAUUAUAUUCUUCGACGAGAUCGACGGGCUCGCGCCUGUACGGUCGAGCAAGCAGGACCAGAUUCAUGCGAGCAUUGUCAGCACACUCCUCGCUCUUAUGGACGGCAUGGACGGCCGCGGCCAAGUCGUCGUCAUCGGCGCGACAAACAGGCCCGACUCGGUCGAUCCUGCUCUCCGCCGUCCUGGGCGCUUUGACCGCGAGUUUUACUUUCCCCUUCCCGGGAAGGCAGCGCGCCUAAGCAUCCUCCAAAUCCACACGCGUAAAUGGCAGCCGCCGCUCCAGCAAGAACUCAAAGACGUGCUGGCGGAGGCGACUACUGGAUUUGGCGGCGCGGAUCUGCGCGCACUGUGCACAGAAGCCACGUUGAACGCCAUCCAGCGGCGCUACCCGCAAAUCUACAGCAGCACCGAGCGCCUCGAGUUGGAGCCCACCUCGAUUCACGUGGACGGCAAAGACUUUAUGCUGGCGCUAAAGAAAAUGGUACCGUCUUCUGCACGAUCGACAAGCGCGGCGCACUCGCCGCUUGCGCCGCACCUUGUGCCGCUGCUCGGCGACACCAUGCACGCGGCAGUCUCCGUCUUCCAGCGCUUGCUACCGCCCAAAUUGAUGCGCAGUGCUCUGGAAGAGGCUAUGUGGGAAGUGGACCCAGACGCUGGCGCGCCGAGCCUCGCAACCGAGACGCCCGCCGGCGCCCUCGAGCGCGAACUGCUCCAGGAAUCUUUUGAGAAAUCGCGCGUGUAUCGCCCGCGUCUUGUCUUGCACGGCGCGGCUGGGAUGGGCCAGAUCCAAGUGGCGCAGGGCCUAGUGCAUGCUAUGGAAGGUGUGCAUGUACAGACCAUUACGGUCUCGACGCUGCUUGGAGACAGCACGCAAACGCCGGAAUCGGCGCUUGUCACACUGUUCCAAGAAGCGCGGCGCCUCAAGCCAAGUUUGCUGUUUAUCCCCGAGCUGGAAAAAUGGCCACUGCUGCUUUCAAACGUGACGCGCGAAUCAUUCGGCGCGCUCCUGGAUGCAUUGAGCACGGACGAUCCCAUCAUGCUGUUGGCCGCGUGCAAUAUGCCGUUCAACGAGCUGCCCGGGGAAAUACGCAGGUGGUUCGGCGUGCGUCCUUUGCAUCAGAUUGGGCUCGAUGUGCCCUCGACCGGAGCGCGGCGCGCAUAUCUCAAGGAUAUCGCCGAGCAGGCCGCGCGUUCGCCGACGGAGUUUGCCGAUGCGCUGCCAAAGCGGCGCCGCGUGCUGGAGGAACUGCCGAAAGCGCCUCCCAGGCCUCCGCGCCCGCUCACACAGGCAGAGUUGCAGGAACAGGUCGAGCACGAUGCGCGCCUUUUAGAGCAUCUCAAGUACCGUCUGGGGCCAGUGCUCGGCGAGCUGCGCAAAAAGUUUAAGAAAUUUACGCGCGAUGUAUGGGACGAGUAUAAUUUGCGCGAUCUCAUGGAACAGUUUGACUGGAAGCGCGACAAGGGCAAGAUUACCAUCACGCUACGCUACGACAAGGAUGGAUACCACUCGGGGUAUGCGUCCGAAGAAGAAAGGGCACCUGUGCCUGCGCCUGGCCAGCUUGUCCCGAACGAGCGCGAGAAUGCUUCGCCCCAAGGAGACUCGCCUUAUAUUUUGCGCGAUUUCACUAUUUAUACCAUGACGCUCGAAAAGAUGCAAAAGCGUCUCUAUUACAAUGGCUACCUUACGUGCGAGAGCUUUAUUGAGGACAUUAACAAGAUCGUCGCCAACGCCGAAGAGGCGCGCGAAGUAGACGCCGAUCGCGUUUUCCGCGCGCGACAAAUGCAAAACUUGUCGACCAUUUUGCUGGACCAGUACGUCGAUCCUGCUUUUCGCGCUGCCUGUGCGCAAAUGGCAGUUCGAUACCGUGCGCGCGAAGAGGAAGCCAAACGCGUUGGGGAUCUGCAAAAGGCGACUGAAGAAGCAAGCAGACUGAGCGGAUCGCGACAUAGCGCUCGUGUGCUGGGCCAAGCGCCGGAGCCGAGCGAGUUGGUGGAUGUGUCGACGAUUGAGCGCUCGCACAAACGAGUCCGAUCUUCUUCCCAAGGCGCCGCGCAGCCUGCAGAAGAAGAGAGCGCUGAAAAUAAGCGCGUGCGCACCACCCACCCCGAUACGCCUGAAAGCGACGCGCAGCCGCAGCCAGCUUUGGACACGGACCACGCGGCGCCCCCGGCAAUGCCCAGGGCCGAAAAGGUGCUCGACAAAGCGGCGCAGGAGAAGCUCGUCGAGUCUCUAAUGCUUAGAACUGCUGGAUUUUCUGUGGAAGGUCUUGAACAGACCCGCGCUAUAUGCUACGAACUUAUUUUGGCGUACCGCGCCGCAUGGGACCGCACCGCGCUGCUCGCCGACAUCGAGCAAGCCGUGCAGGAACUGAGCCGUGCGGUGCCAGACGAAGACCACGUGGUGUAUACUUCCCCGCUCCGUUGA